AUGCUAGAGGCAAUGCGCCGGCAGGACGAUGCUGGUAGCCAUCCUGAUCAUGUUUCUUAUACCACCGUGGUUUCGGCACUUGUGAAGGCUGGUUACAUGGACAGGGCACGGCAAGUUCUUGCUGAAAUGAUGAGGAUUGGCGUGGCGGCGAAUCGGGUAACAUAUAAUGUUCUUCUUAAGGGUUAUUGCAAUCAAUUUCAGAUAGAUAAAGCAAGAGAGUUGAUUAAGGAGAUGGUUGAUGAUAGAGGUAUUCAGCCUGAUGUGGUGUCCUAUAAUAUACUCAUUGAUGGGUGCAUAUUGGUUGAUGACAGUGCUGGGGCUCUCGGCUUCUUCAAUGAAAUGAGAACAAGAGGGAUAGCUCCCACCAAGAUUAGUUACACGACUUUGAUGAAAGCUUUCGCAUUCUCUGGUCAGCCGAAGCUGGCUCACAAGGUCUUCGAUGAAAUGUUGAAUGAUCCUCGAGUGAAGGUGGAUGUGAUCGCAUGGAACAUGUUGGUCGAAGGGUAUUGUAGGUUGGGUUUGGUUGAAGAAGCAAAGAAAGUGAUUCAAAAGAUGAAGGACGAGGGGUUCCACCCUGAUGUGGGAACUUACGGAAGCUUUGCAAAUGGAAUCGCAUUGGCAAGAAGGCCAGGAGAGGCACUUUUGCUUUGGAAUGAAGUGAAGGAGAGGUGGGAGAUGGUAAAAAAAGGUUCGAAACAUAAUUCUUGUGUUCCUCCAUUGAAGCCAGAUGAAGGGCUUUUGGAUACCUUGGCUGAUAUAUGUGUGAGGGCUGCAUUCUUUAGAAAGGCUUUGGAGAUUGUGGCUUGCAUGGAAGAAAAUGGUAUAUCUCCAAACAAGACCAAGUUUACUAGAAUCUAUGUGGAGAUGCAUUCAAGAAUGUUCACGAGCAAGCAUGCUUCAAGGGCAAGGCAAGACAGGAGAAUAGAGAGGAAAAGGGCAGCUGAGGCUUUUAAGUUUUGGCUUGGGUUGCCAAAUUCUUAUUAUGGAAGUGAGUGGAGGUUAGAACCUAUUGAGGGCUAUGAUGAUACCACCUCCUCAUAG